AGUUCAUCGUUUCCGGCUUUUCCGUAAUCGUGACUUGUGCAGUGUAUGGUGAAAAAUAGGGCCGCAGUUGUUUAAUCGUCGAUGAUGAUACGUAGCGGGCCGUGAUAUAGUUGGAAAACACAUUAACAAAUCGUCGGAAGAUAAUACGGAAGCAACGUAUUGCAGGACUAGGUUGCUUGCAGUACAGAAUCAAAAUGGAAUCAAUGGAUGCGCGUCUUGUGGCGCAAGCAUUGAACUACCAUGGCCAACAGUUGCAGAAAGUGUGGGAAGGAGAACGCAACGAGAACGAGCUGGCCAUGCUCAAUCUCAAGGAACCAAACUUUGAAAUCUAUCAACAACGUCAAAAGACUCUAAGUUUUGGUGAUAGAGGAAAGAGGCUAAAGCUACAGCAGUUCCUUGCAAAGAAGGCAGAUGCUCUUUAUGAUAAAUCAAAUUUGGAGAAAACAGUUGAACCUAUCAAGCAAGAAUUAGGAGAUGAAGAAUUUUAUGCAACAAUGCCAGGCCUUGACACUUUUGUCACCAUGGAAAAAUCUCAACGUAUUCGAAAUUUUUUGGAGAGUUUGGUCAUUGGAGAUGUUAUUUACGCGCAAGUGAUGGGUAAAAGUGCUGCUGGACUUCUUCUGAAGGUGCUUUGCAACUGCAGCGAUUGCCCCAGAGUUGUUACUGAUUUAGGAGUUAAGGCUCUAAUAUUGAACACGGCCACAGUGCCGGCAGUGGACAAGAAAGGUGUAACAAGAGGCUACAUGGCAAAUGAUCUCAUCUGCGUCGUAGUCAGUGAAGUUAACGUUGAAGCCGAGCGAGUUGUUGCAGUUAUGAACGUACCUGCCCGUGAAGGGCAAGCACCGCACCCACCUAUGGGACUUAUCCAUUCUGAUGAUCUUCCAGAAGCUUAUAAGAAAGCAAUGGACAACAAAGGACAGUCUUACGAAGCGAUGUUGGAGAAUAGUACUGGCUUCAACAAUCCAAACAACAUUAAAUAUCUUUGCGACUUGAUGGGUCUCGGUCAAGAAAACCAUUCCAAUAUGGUUGGUUUGAGAGAAAGAUUCCCACCCAAUGAAUAUGCAUCCGAAUUAAGACAAGCACAGGCUAGUAAGUGGGCAUUCCGGAGCGUAGCAGAAGGUAUAGAUCAUUUCAAGGCUGGGCGUCAUACAGAAGCCUUCCAAUGUCUCAAUAAGGCACUUACCGUAGACCCACGAAACGUCGAAGGAUUAGUAGCACGUGGAGCAUUAUACGCUAAUAGCGGUAGUUUCAAGAAAGCAAUCGAUGAUUUUGAAACAGCAUUGAAGCUGAAUCAAACUCAUACGAACGCCCGCAAAUACAUGGCCGAGACUCUCGUUGCUCUAGGCCGAAGUUACGAAGAUGAGAAGAAGUACGAAGAAGCUCAAAAGGCAUAUGAAAAUUGCUUAGCGAUUGCUCCAUUCCACGAGGAAGCGAGAAAUUCUAUCGAAUACAUCAAAUCUAAGACAUUAACAUCUUCUUUGAAUCCUUUGGAUACAUUCAAGAGUUUCGAAACUGAAAAUGAUGUCGGCGAAAAUAAGAAAGAGAAGAAGAAACGCAAGAAGGAGAGAAAGUCGCGCUCGAAGAAGAGACAGAGAUGGAGUUCGAGUUCCAGUUCGUCAUCGAGCGGUUCUUCGAGUUCUUCCAGCUCUGAGUCCAGCAGUUCUUCUUCAUCUGCAAGUUCCCGAUCAGCAUCUCGAUCACCUAAUCGCAAGCGAAAGCAUAAGAAGGAUCAUCGUGGCUCACUUUCACCUCUGAGCAAACGGAUGGCUCAAUACAACAACCCACCAGCUGCCACCACAGCUGCACAUGACGUAAUCGCCCCAGUAUCUUACAGUUCAAAUACUCGAGAUAAGAUGGACGAUUACGAGAUAAAAGUACGAAAAUUCUUGGAACAGACGAAAGAUGAUUCCGAUUAUGAAGAUAAAGUAAGGAAAUUCCUGGAAGAAACAGCUAGAUGGAAGAGAGAAAGGGAGAAGGAAAAGAAACAUUCAGAAAGUGAGAAAAUGAAGAAAAAGAAGAAGAAAGAAAAGAAAGGAAAAGAUAAAGAAAAAGAGGACAAGAAAAGCAGGAAGAAGAAAAAGAAAGAAGAAAGGAAGAAACGCAAAAACAAGGACAAGCUCGAACGAGAUUUAGAAGCCUUAAAAAAGUCUUCAUUGCCGGAUUUAGAACAAUUGGAAUCAAAACUGAAUGCGUAUUAUGCAAAAGUUGAAAAAGAGACUGCCGUCUUGAAAAGGUAUGUAGCUCAGUAUAAUGACAUAGCUUCCCCUCUUAGCAACGCGGAGAAGCUCGCUGAAAGUUCACGAAGGGAGGAAGAGCUGCGCAGAGAGAGAGAAAGGGAAAGAGAUGAAGCUUCAAAGGCGUAUCACGAACGGGAAGCUAGAAUACCAAUGACUGCACAGCAACGUAAAGAGAUUCAGAGGAAACCACUGACAGACAUUUUUGAACAAGAGUCACAACUAAUUCAUCCCGAACCGAAAUUACCUACUCUUGACACAGCUGCAUUAAAUGCGAAAUGGAAAGCUGCACAAGCCGCUAGGCAAAAGGAUGUUCUUCCACAAAAGUGGCAAGAUAUACCGGUAGAGAACAAAAAGAUGCAGUCCAAUGUAGAUAGUGACGAAGACGAUGAUAACGAGCUCGAGGAGAAACUGCAGCGAGCAGCAUUGGAAAAAUCCAUGAAUAUACGGAAGCAAAUGCAGCGCGAACUCGCAGAGAAGAGAGCAGCAGCCGCUCAGCCCAUGUCCGCACCGACUCCGCCGCCAUUACCCAAAGAACCUCCGAUGCCUAAGCAGGCGCCGGUCAAAUAUCCUACACCACAACCACAGAACAAAUUUCAAUCGUAUAAGGAUCCUUCUAUAUCUGCAACGCAAACAACACCGACAAAGUUUAGUUCUAAUAACAAUCUUGGUGGCAAAUUCCAGCCGAUUGGACAAAGUGGUAAUAGCGGUGCUGGUCAUCCACCAGAACCACCACGUCCGCCUCCACCAACGAAGAACCAGAAUCAGGCUAAGGGUCCCAGAACAGAUUCUGAUAGCGAGACAGAGAGGCAACACAGACAAACCCCUAAGAAACGCGAAUCUACUGGCAGGGGAGGAGCUGUAACUAAACGAAUGAGUAGAGAUCGUCCAGCAAAACGGUCGCGCAGCAGAUCGCGCAGUGCCUCUAGUUCAGGCUCUUCGAGGUCACGUUCACCCAGAAGAAGUCGUUCAAGAUCGUACUCGAAUCGAAGAUCUGGAAGUUACGAGAGAAAAUACAGUCGAUCUCCGUCGGGUACUUACAGUAGAUCACGCUCUAGAUCUCGUUCUCGAUCUUAUACCAGGAGUCGUAGUCGCAGUAGGUCUGGAGACAGGAGUUACUAUCGCAAGAGACAAUUCCGGCCAUACAAUAAUCGUGGCACUUACUAUAAGCCUCGUUUCCAGGGCUUCAAUAAUCCAAACCAUCGUGGCGGUGGUAACAAUUUCCAAAAUCGUAAUCGGUUCUAUAAUAAUCAGCACAAUAAUCGCUUUGGCAAUAGACGUGGCGGUGGUUUUAAUAAUCGUGGUGGUGGACGCGGACGUGGUGGUAAUCGUGGCGGUAGAUUUUUCCACGGUAAGCAGGGCUUCCGCGACUUCCGAGAUAGGCGAGACUUCAGAGACCGGCGUGCCGCUUCUCGCGAUAGAUACAGCGAUCGCAGUUACUCUCCUGAUCCAAUGAGAAAAGUGGACGAAGCAAAGGAAAAGAUCAACAAGAUGCUCGAGGGCGGAGAUGAUGUAAUGGAGCAUCAGCAAGGUGGUGGAGGAUCGAAUGUUCCUCCUAGUAAAAGACAAGAUGGACCUUUAAGCGAAGGUGAAGAGAGGGACGACGAUGACUACGAGAGGUGGGGAGAGGGCGAGGGGGGCGACACAGCUAACAAGAAUGAGGUUGGACCUGUCGACGAUAACCUGGAAGGCAAGGAGUACUUCAUUGAGCGCAUGAAGCAGCGAAGCAAGAAUGUUUUAAUGCAGAGAACCCUUGCUGCUAAGGUUUGGUAGAAAUCCUGUUGCCGUUGCUGCUUCUUCGAUUCUUCUCCUUCAUCUGUGAUAUAGUUACUUCUCUUCAACGUGAAACUUCGACCGGAUCACGUGAGACAGACUUCUUACUCAAUUCUUAUGCCGAUCGCUUUCGGUAUAUUUAAAACAGAAUGUAGAGGGGAUAUAUCUUAACGGAAAACUGAUCGUGACGGUUGCGAGAAAUGUACCUUUUCCUUUCAAACUUUUAACUUUUAUCGAAGUUAAUAGCGAAUGAGUGCAGUAUAGAAUAGUAUCGUAUUAUCGAGAAGGAUUUGCGAUCGGUGUCAUUUCAAUUUUUUCGUAAUUGUGCACGAAUAUUUAGAUAUUAAAUAUUCGUGGCAUAUAGUAUACAUAUAUAAAUGUGCGUUUCUCGUCAAUUCAAUAACCUGUUUAUAUCGCGAAGUUCAUGAACAUCUACAACUUGUGAGGUCUUCUCUUUUUAACCGUUCGGAAAAAAAGAAAUUUUACACACCUUUCAACUUUAGUACUUAUUUUCCUAUCAUACUGAAACUUUUAUUUUGUAAGUAUUACGGAAGGAAAAAAAUGGAAGCUUCUGCUGUGACGUGCAAUUUAAAAGGGAAGUAUUUUACCGUACUACUUAGUGUAUGCGAGUGGCUUUUCAUCAUUCAUUGUCAUGAGAGAAAUAGCAAAACACCUGUAAGAAUCGGCAAAACGCAUUAUUCGCAACGCGAAAUGAAUCCAUUUUCGAUCUAAGAUUUUUCUUCGAGUUGAUUUGCAACUUUUUCGAUAAUUUUUCGAAACUGACGUUUCGAAUUUGCUGCGUUUGAUGAGAAGAAAGGCUGUUGUCAUUUACGGAUAUCGUCGAUUCUGGCCAAGUAAACUUGAGUCGCGAAUCGCCAACGCGAAGAAGAGACUUUCUUAGUAAGGAAUCUAGUUUCUCCCACACGUCGAAACAUCCUUGGAUUAUACUUCAUAAUUACUUUAUUUCGACACACAUUGUCAUAGACCCUCCCUUUAUUAUAAAAUACUUAUUUUAAGGUAUCAUACAAAAGUAAUUUACUAGUAAGACACUUAUAUAUGUUGUAUGUAAACGAGUUGCUGUACAAUUCAAAGAAAUCCACAAAUACAUAAUAUGGAAAAUACAAA